CCACCGCUCUCUCUUGUGUACCCUCAUUCUCCUUCUCCCUCUCCAGCUUCACUCUCUACUCCAGCUGCCUUCUCUAACCCACUCAUUUUCCAUUUCAUAGUCAUUUCCCCUGCUUUCUUCCUUACAGGUCCCCUGUUCUGCUGUUUCAAUAUGGGAAACUGCACCGCCUCCAAGCUCGGAGGCGGCAAAGAGGAGCCAGUCUCCCUUUGCCGCGAGAGGAAGCGCCUCCUCAAAGCCUCCGUGAAGGGCCGCAAAGUUCUUGCCGAAGCGCACGAGCGCUACGUUCACUCCAUCCGAGCUGUCGCCGGCGCCAUCAACCUCUUCGUGGCCCGUCAUUCUUCCCCCAACCCUGUUCUCAUCACCCUCCCCUCUUCCUCCCCUUCGUCGUCCUCGUUUAACCCUUCCUUCCUCCGGCAAACUCCCACCGAACCCAAAACCGAAGCUUUAGCAUACCGUUCCUCUGUUUCUUCUUCGACCUCUUCGGCGCCAACUUCGAAUUUGAGAGAAGGGGAGGAAUAUUUCUUUGCAGAGAUGCCGAUGGCACCUCCUUCGGAGACGGAGACGGAGGUUUAUGGGUGGGAUUUCUUUAACCCGUUCGAGGGAUUGACGGCGGCGGUCAUGACGGUAGGGCUUGACCGGAGCUCGGAGGAGGAGUUGAGGGUGGUGAGGGAGCGGGAAGGAAUUCCUGAGCUGGAGGAGGAGGAAGAACUGCAUGACGUAAAGAAAGAUGUUGCGCCGAUGUCAGUGGCAAUGAAAGUUAAGGAAAAUGGGGAGAAGGUGGUGAAAAUAGUGGGGAGUCAAGAAGGAGAAGGGGCCGAAAUGAAGGAGAGGGAAUUGAUGGUCAUGGAAUCAACAGAGAAUAAAAUGGAGCUACUUGAUGCGCUGAAAGAUGUGGAAGAAGAAUUCUUAAAAGCGUAUGAUUCUGGGAAGGAGUUAGCCAGAAUGCUGGGAGCUGAUAUAGUUAACAUUCAUACUCGAGAUGAUGAAAUCAAAGAUAAUUCAUCAAAAUUUAUCCAGGCUAUCACAUGGCAUAGGUCAUCCUCAUCUUUGUCCUCAUCGUCGAGAAGAUCUCUCGUGUGUAAGAACACUUCACUGACUGAAGGAAGGAGUGAGAUUUUUGAAGAUUAUGGGGGAAUGGGAUCAGGAAGCCAUUGGCUCACACUAGGAAGAUUGUAUGCGUGGGAGAAGAAGCUCUAUGAAGAAGUGAAGGCUGGAGAGCAGACUAGGCAAAUGUAUCAGAAGAAAUGCCUACAGCUUAGAAAUCAAGAUGCCAAGGGAUCCGGUUCACACACAUUAGAUAAAUCUCGGGCCUCUGUGAAAGACCUGUAUGCAAGAAUAUGGGUUUCCCUGCGAACCAUAGAAACAAUUUCUAUCAGAAUUCAGAAAGUGCGAGAUGAUGAGUUGCACCCACAACUGAUUGAAUUGCUGCAAGGAAUGAUGAGGACAUGGAGAUCAAUGCUACAAUCACACGAGCAACAAAAACAGAUUAUGUCUAACAUCAAAGCUUUCACUUGCCCCUCUUAUGGGAGAUAUUGCAGUGACUCACAGCGUCAAGUGACUAAGAAGCUGGAGGAGCAACUUGAAAAUUGGCGAUUUUGCUUCAAGAACUAUGUUUCUGCUCAGAGAUCUUAUGUUGAAGCUCUUUAUGGAUGGCAUUCUAAGUUUUUUGUACCUGAGUAUUCUAGGACUAGGUGCUCGGUGCCAUCAUAUGGAGAAGGAUCGCCUCCUCUUCUUUUGAUCUUGCAAGAAUGGUCGAGCUCAUCUAUGAAGCUCCCUGAUAGAGCUGUCUCACUCUCCAUGAAAGGAUUCAUCAACAAUAUGAAGGUUGUAUUGGUAAAGCAAGGGGAGGAACAACAUCAGAAUAGGAAAGUUGAUGCUCUUGCUAAAGAAUUCGAUCAAAGGAUCGCCACAUUGCAUAAAGAUGAGAAUAGAAUAUUGGAGCUCAAGCUAUCAGAUGUGAAGCCUGAACCAGAAGUUCGAGAUCGGGUAGAGUUGUUAUCUGGGAAGAAGAAUUUGGCUGAGAUGUUUAGGCAGAAACUGGAAAUGGAGAAGGCAAAGCAUAGGAAAUGCAUGCAAGAGACAACAGAAGCAACCAUGAAUGGCUUCAAGUUUGGUUUCGGUCAUGUUUUUGAAUCACUGGCAGAUUUCUCCCGAGAGUCUCUAAAAUUGUAUACCCAUCUUUUGGCCCGAAAUGAAAGAGCGAAUGUGGCAGAUGAUAAUGUAGCAGAGAAGAAGAUAUCCCGCAUAGAAGAUUCAAAGGUGGAAGUGGAUAUAAGAUGAUAGAACUAUUGCAUUCUCUUAGGAGAGGCAACACUUGGCUUGUAUAUUAAGUUCUAUCUUUCUUAUAGCUUUACUGUUAGAUCAUCUCUAGGUAAUUUCUGCAACCCUCAAUUUUGUGAAUCUAGUUGAAGCUGCUGAAACUUACAGAGCUUUUGUUUAUAGAGAGGUUGUUAUUGAUCUUGCAGAGGGAGCUCAUGGUUGUUGUAAGUAUUGUUGUAACUCAUUUUUCUUCUUUAAAGUUAUGCAAUGGGUCAAGUAAAGAGGGAAUCAGUUGCCUUG